AUGAAGAGCGUCAAACAUGUCAUAGAUGAGAUCAUGCAGCAGGAGAUCCGGCCGUUGUUAGCCGUGGACAUCAUCGAGCAGCUCCAUCGACAGUUCGCCCUCCUCUCCGGAGGACGAGGGAAGGAUGGCGCUCCUAUCAUCACGUUCCCAGAGUAUUCGGGCUUCAGUGACGUCCCGGAUGAAGACUUUGUCAACGUUGUCACCUACCUGACCAGCAUUCCCAGUCUUGACGCCGCGAGUAUCGGCUUCAUCAUCAUCAUCGACCGGAGAAAGGACAAAUGGAGCUCAGUCAAGGCGUCUCUCAACCGUAUUGCUGGAGCGUUCCCGGGAAACCUCCAGCUCGUCUUGGUGCUCAGGCCAUCCAGGUUUUUCCAAAGAGCCAUUGCCGACAUUGGAAUCAAACUGCACAAAGAUGACUUUAAGAUGAAGAUUGUAAUGUUGAACUCUGUGUCGGAUUUGUACAACUAUGUGGACAGAGGGCAGCUGACCCGAGAGCUGGGGGGGCAACUGGAAUACUGCCACAGCCAAUGGAUUCACCACAGAACGGCUAUCGAGAAUUUUGCGGUAACGGUGAAAAGCACGGCUCAGAUGUUGCAAAGUUUUGGCACGGAUCUGGCAGCGACGGAGCUGCCCAACGAUGUACAAUGCACCAAAGACAUGCUGGUGUCCCACACAGAUAAACACCACCACCUAAAGGAUGAGUUGAAGCUGGCGCUGAAACAGGGCACCACGCUCUUAGGCUGUAUAAAGGAACAGGCGGGGAAGUCUGAGUGCCGCAAACUCAACCCUGAUGAGAUGGAGAACCAGACCACCGUUGAGAGACUGCUGGCUCAGUUAGACGAGACGGAAAAUGCCUUCGAACAGUUUUGGUGCAAACAUCAUCUCAAGCUGGAGCAGUGUCUUCAGUUGCGGCACUUUGAGCAAGACUUCAGAGAGGUGAAGGUGUCUCUGGACAGUCUGAUGCUGAGUCUGGGCGAGCUGCCGGAGACUGGGGACUGUGUGGUCCGAGUGGAGCACCUGCUACAGGAGCUGAAGACGCUGGAGGAGAAGGCUCAGCCGUCUCUGGAGAAGGCCCAGCUCCAAGCGCAGCACGGAGACCAGCUGAUCCAGAGCGACCACUACGCGGUGGACUCCAUCAGGCCCAAGUGUGUGGAGCUCCGGCGGGUCUACGACGAUUUCAGCAACGAGAGCCAGAGGAAGCAAGAAGUCCUCACCAAGUCCCUGCACAUUCUACAGGGCAUAGAUAAGGUGAACCAGUGGUGUGAGGCGGGCAUCUACCUGCUGGCCUCACAGGCGGUGGACAAGUGCCAGUCUCAGGAGGGAGCAGAGGCCGCACUCGGUGACAUCGAGAACUUUUUGGAUUCUGCGCAAAAGAACCAACUCACCGAGCUGAGGAACCUGCACAACCAGAGCGAGCCGGUGCUGUCGGAGGAGCUCAAGUGUGACUCGAGGAAGGACCGGCCACUUCUCAUGGCUUGCUUAUCCCUUUCGGACCCAUCCCCUUGUUUGUUCGAUAUGGCUAGCCCAGAAGGAUGA